GCUACCCCUGACACAUGUUCAUCCAUUCUGAUCAUCUCGGGCGAUACUUGUUCCUCCUUAGCUGCCCGAUGUGGUAUCACCACCACUCAGCUCGCCGAAUACAACACCGAUAUCUGCUCUUCGUCCCUGACAGACGGAGAGGCCAUUUGUUGUUCUGCGGGGACAUUGAAUCUUCCACCCCAGCAAAGCAGCGAUGGGCUCUGCUACACCCAUGUCAUUCAAUAUGGAGAUACUUGCGCGCGUCUUGCUGACGCGUACAGUAUUAGCACCGAGGACAUUGAAGCCUACAAUAAUGACACGUUUGGCUGGACCAGCUGUGAUGAUAUUCGAACUGGAAGCUUUCUAUGUCUCAGUGCUGGGUCUCCUCCGAUGCCCGUUGCAAUUUCUAAUUAUAUCUGUGGUCCUCAAGUAACUGGCACACCACGCCCGGACAACAUCUCUGAUAUCGCGUCUCUCAACCCAUGUGUAGCCCAAAAUUGCAAGCCAUCAACUACAAGUCAGUCAACUAUGAAUUCGAGUUCUACUACACAUUCAACUUUUACUACUCAGUCGACUUGGACUACAGUCAACUGUGCGUUCAACUUUUACCGCUCACUCGACUUCAAGCGCAAGCAAGCAAUCGACUAUGGACUCGACUCUCAUCACCCGGUCGACUUCGAGUACAAGCAAGACAUCAUCCACAAGCGUUUCAACUACACAUUCGACUCUAACCAGCAAGUCCUCAACGAGUCAUUCUACUACCACAAGCAAGACCACAACAACGACAAAGUCAACCUCGGCAGCAACAGGUUCCCCUUGGACCAUUCUGGUCUUCGCCAAAAAAGCAUGUAA